AUGACAUAUACUGAGAGCAAUAGACAUUAUGUUAAUAAUUGCAAACAUCAGUUAGACAACCAUGGCAGACUCGACCAUAUUAUGACAACCAAAGAUUUAACAACCAAAAUAACUAUCAUUUUCCAAGACAAAAUUACAGAUUUUAUGAUCAAAAUAGAUGUUAAACUCCUUGAACACAAAAGAUUUACGUCUAAAGAGAACCUAGGCGGGUUCUUUAGAGGGUGGAAUGUUAAUUCACAGAUGGCUUUAAAACUUAAUAUUUUAGCGAAAUGCUCCAAAACGAAAGCUAGGGUAUCUAUAUUAACAUUGCCGCAUUCAAAUGUAGAUCUACCUGCAUUUAUGCCUGUAGGUACGCAUGGAACUAUAAAAGGCAUAUUACCAGAACAAAUUGAUGCAAUGGGUUAUAAAUUGAUAUUGGGUAAUACUUAUCAUCUUUCUUUAAGACCAGGUCAUGAAAUUGUUGAAAAAAGUGGUGGUCUGCACAAAUUUAGUAACUGGAAACAUUCAUAUUUAACAGACAGUGGUGGUUUUCAAAUGGUAUCUCUUUCAAAAUUAGCAGAAGUCACAGAAGAAGGAGUUGAAUUUCUAGAUCCAUUUACUUCUGAAAAAUCUUUCUUAUCACCUGAACAAUCAAUGAAAAUUCAAAAUGCUCUGGGAGCAGAUAUAAUUAUGCAAUUAGAUGAUGUCAUUCCUAGUAUAUCAACGGGUCCAAGGGUUGAGGAAGCCAUGGGGAGGUCUAUAAGAUGGUUAGAUCGUUGUCUCAAAUCACAUGAAAAUGUAAAUUAUCAAAAUUUGUUUGCUAUUAUACAAGGAGGCUUGGAUGAAAAUUUAAGAGAAAUUUGUUGCAAAGAAAUGGUUGCGCGAAACGUUCCUGGUUAUGCUAUAGGUGGUCUCAGCGGCGGAGAGGAAAAGGAUCAUUUUUGGAGAAUAGUCGAUAAAUGUACCGACUUAUUACCGUUCGAUAAACCGCGUUACUCAAUGGGCGUGGGCUAUGCCCUAGAUAUAUUGAUAUGUGUUGCAUUAGGUGUGGAUAUGUUUGAUUGCGUGUUUCCUACAAGAACUGCGCGGUUCGGUCGAGCCUUAGUCCCUACCGGAUAUAUCAACCUUAAAAAUUCGCAAUUCGCUGAUGACCUAAGCCCAAUCGAUAUCGAUUGCCAAUGUUUCACUUGCUCAAAUUACAGUAAAUCGUAUUUAAAUCGAAUCAUGUGCCAAACUCCUAACGCUUGCCAUUUGGUAUCCAUCCACAAUUUAUAUUACCAGGCUAACUUGAUGAAAGAAAUUAGGGGCAGUAUAAUGGAAGACAAAUUCGAAUUGUAUAUCAACAAAUUUUUACGAACAUAUUUUACCAAAAUUCAAAACAUUCCUCAGUGGGUGAAAAAUGCGUUGGAUUCCUUAAAUAUUAAUUAUAAUUUUUAAACUUUCACAUUUUUUUUUAAAAAAAAUAAAUUUUUUUACAAAAUGGAAAAUGUGAUAAAUUCAAUUUUGAGCAUUGUAUAAGUUCGAAUAAUCGCUAGUCAUAAAAUAUUUGUCACUAUUGUAAAAUCUCGAUUGUAAUUAAAAAUAAACGUCAUUAU